AUGGGCCAUCGACAGGCCGUGCGAGACAUAACCUUCAACACGGCUGGCACCCAGUUCCUCAGUGCCUCCUAUGACCGCUUCAUCAAGCUGUGGGACACGGAGACGGGCAAGUGUGCCGGUCAGUUCAACCUCAAGAAGGUGGCCUACUGCGUGAAGUUCAAUCCAGACGAGGACAAACAGCAUCUCUUCCUGUGCGGUUGUGCUGACAAGAAGAUCCUCUGUGUAAGUCCGCCUCAUCCCACCCCUCCCCCUCCCCCUCCCACCAUCACUAAGGACGAUUAUUUUUAUUGGGCCUCUUUUUUGAAGUCGCGACACAACUUCCUCUCCAACCUCCCAGACGGCAAAGUAUAGUUUGCAUUCAUAGUCACCCCCUUGCUUGGCAAACUGGAUGGGAGGCAGUGUUAGUAUGUCCCCCCUGGCGAAUGCCUAUCCUUAGCAGUCGAAUGCAAACUAGUUGACAGCGUGACCUUUGCUUACGGUGACACUAACGUGCGCCCCUCAACAUGGCGGACGCAGGACGGUGACCUGCCCGUUAAUUAGUUUAUAGUGAUGCCGGACUUGCACAGCACCUGCCUCACUCUUACCUCCCCCACCCACCUGGGCUCGACGGCAGGACAGAGUCGAGAUGACGGGAGGCGGGGGAGGGCGCAGUGACUGACAACACUAAACCACUCGUCCACGCGUGCCACUCACCACCCGGUCCUCACAACAUGGACCAGGCUUUAAUGAGAGCGGCCCGGCUCCUGCGUGAUUGAAAGGCCACAUUGAGAGAGACUCUCAUUCCUCGAGCCAGUCAACAGUUCGCUCAUCGUCUCCGACUGUGUCAACCGUGUGCUCCACAGCAGAGUGGAAGCAGGAACGGUGACUUGAGCCUGAAUUACUUCAUAGUGGUGGUAGACUUGCGUAGCACCUACCGCACUCUCCCCUGCUCCCCUCCACCUGAGCCUGAUUUUAUGGCAGUCAAGAAGACCAGAAGCGGGAGACUGAGCAAAUGGCUGGCACGACUGAAACCCGCACCUGGGCUUGCCACCUCACCGGCUCGGAUUCCACUGAAUGGCAGUGCCACAGGAGGCCACAUUAAGAAGGAUCCAUUACAGCCUGACUCUCAGUCCACCAGUCGGUCAGUUGGCAGCAUUCCAAUCUGCGGUAGAGUAAAGUCGGUUGAAAAUUCCAAAAAAAAGCCGUUUUAGGGACAGAUUUUUUUAGAAAAUCAUUUGUACUUUCGCCAACCCCCUGCGUGACUCUUGUAGUCCAAAGCACUCUUUAGCUAAAGCCGACAAAAACUAUUACCACAGAUUACGCCACAGGUCCACGUUCUGGAAAUAUGACGGCCUUCUUCGUACUUAACAAAGCAGCGUCUGUUAGACCUUCGUAAUGCACUCAACAACCGUACCAAACAACCUUUUCUACCCAAACACAGGCACUUUGUUGUAGUUUAACGUAUCACUAGGUACCUAUUUCUUGCAGGAAAUUGACGUUCACCAAACUCCUUUACAUUGCUUAUGCGAUUUUGAGUACUCCCGAUAUUAACCGUUUGAAUUACGAAUUCUCGAUGACCAGGGAACUUCGAUUAAUAUAUCAUGCGCCGUCGUGCGGCCGCUGGUUGGGCUCGAGAGAGAGAGCUCGUAGGGCACAACGGAACGAGUGAUUUCCGUAAGAAGGAUCGGUGAGCACCCCUCUACAAUUCAUAUAUCUGACAUCUGACAGGCUGGGGUUGCGCUGCCACCGACUGAUAACAGCGAAUAAGCCAGAGAUGGUCACUUCGUCGUCGCUGGAUUUGUCGUAUGCAUCCGUCAACACUCGUGCUCGGUCAUAAAGACUGUCUCGUUAAUUGCACCCAGUUUCAUUCCCAGUCGGCUUGACGCGAAGUAGCUACCGGUGUGUGCGUCGGAGAGGGAUGAGCGAAUGAGACCGAUACUGGGGAGGAAUCCAUCCCCACGGCACAUCGGUGCAUUCCUCACGAUAACAAGUCCGACGCUCUUUCAAGUUAUCACAACGCGCCAAGGUAUGUGGCACGGAGGAUUGCCGACUGACGGGAUAAUUCAGUCAUCUUCAGGACUUAGUCAGGCUGCAAUGAAUGAGGAGAGUGUGAGGUAGACGCUGCGCAAGUCACCGCUUCUGGACCCAUCUCGUGUGUUAGCCCUGGACGUCGUCGCUCUUGACGGUCAAACUAUCUUACGUCGUGUUAUUAGACCACUUGAGGUAGUGUCUAACCCUCUUGCAUGCGUGGCCUUUAGACCACGUAACACGCUUGUCCUUUAUUCAUCCCACUUUGCAUCCCCCUAGUAUGACAUUCGCAGUGGAGAGGUUGUCCAACAGUACGAUCGUCAUCUGGGUGCUGUGAACACGGUCACCUUCGUGGAUAACAACCGACGCUUCGUGUCCACCUCGGAUGACAAGUCCCUUCGUGUCUGGGAAUGGGACAUUCCCGUGGACUUCAAGUACCUCGCUGACCCCUCACUUCACUCAAUGCCCGCCGUCACGCUUUCCCCGCACGGUAAGUCAUCGAGAUUGAUGCCUUUACACUCCUACAAUUGUACUUUUGUCUGGGUUUUAUAACGUUUUUUUUCAGUAAUUAGUAUAUUUAUUAUGACAGACGAAAGAGGGAACUCACACGAUCCGAAGACUGUUGUAGGACAGAGUCGAGCCACUAACUCCCCAGGUGUUCCAUAUGCCCAACAGUUGUGAAAAGCGCUUAUGGGUGGCAAACAGGGCCUAGUUUCCCAUUGUUCUGACGAGGUCCGCAAGGUGUCUCAUGCGCUCUAGAGGUGGACCGUUGUCACUCGGGAGUGGCGUUCACCGAUCUGUCGCAAUUUUAGAACGGAUAUGAGGAACAGUUUUUCUUAAUGACCUCGUCAAAGGUUUUCGGCUGUUCCUUAAAGGCGCAACUUCGAAAUAACAUUAAUGGGGCGUCGCGUUCUUCACAGGAUAUUAAGUGCUACUAAAAUACAGAAAGUAGGGUGCUUUUAUUAUUCUAAUCGCCGUGCCAUUUAGAAGAUGACGCACCCUUAUCUUCGUAGCACGCGUCGCUGCUCGCAUCUGAGCUACACUUUUAAAUCGGUGGUUGUUAAGUCGUCGGUUUAAGGUGCCGAGAGCAUCGACAUCAAUCACAGCAGCAUAGACAGUUUCUCAAUUUCGCACAACUCGCUUCCAGAAGAGCACUGGGCGUUGGUUUAUCGGACGGUCCAGUUUUUGAGCUCCUACUAAUGUCCACGAAAACCAGACCUCGAUGUCAGGAGAAGAAGUCAACGUCGCAGUAUAAAACUUUCGCCCACUGUGUUAUUAAAAUAAUGGUGACCUCUGAUUUGUUAAAAACUGAAAGGAAGCAGAUUUAAAACAAACGCCUAUUGUGGAUAUUCGUGAAACAUCUGUUUAGGCACCAUUUUGGCAACACACCUCUGGACUCCAUUUUGGAGUUUGCAUCUGCCACUUUAAGCGUGAGUCCCUCCGAGCUUGAAGUACGUACUCCAGCUGGGGUCGACCGAAGUAUCCCAAUAUCUUGACUCCCAAGUUCAGUCACUAUAUUUGGAGCAAAUGACAGAAGCCCUGAAAACUCCAUUUAGACGGUACAGAUGUAAGGGAAAAUAGUUAAGUUAUAAAAAUUUUUCUUGCAGUUUAGGUAAUGAGGAUUCAUAAAUCUAAUAAUGGAACAUAAAUGCCAAAGGGGUGUGGUAUUCGCGAAAUAAUUGCGAAAAACUUUGUUCACCGCAUUCGGAUUGUGAAAAUUUCCACAUGGGUCAAGUUUGACGCACAAAAACGGAUGUUAAUAGUCCCUGAAUCACUUAUAAGCCCUGUAGCUUCGCAUAAUUUAAACUUCUAUGUUACCGUUUUGGCCUGAUAAGGAGUUACCGAAAACACGUGUUUGCCAAAUUGACUUUUCGAAAAAGGAUCUGUUGAAAUCGUGUUAGUAGUACAUUUAUAGCCAUUUCAGUAAUCCGUCGAAUCAAGCUUCGGCAGUUCAAGUUGCGUUUCAGCAGGUGAGUAUCCAGUUGUCUCUUGAACAAACUCACGGUAGGGGAAUUAAUAACAUACUCCGGCAAAGAGUUCCAUUGGCGGGUGACCCUCUGUAAGAAAAAUGAGGAACGUUGAUUUGUGUGGCACAGUUCCCUUUUAAGCUGGUAACCAUGUCGUCUGAGAUUAGACUUGGAUGCCAUUUCAAAAAACGUUUCCCAGUCGACAUCCAGAUUAAGUUCUCUUAGCAACUGGAACGUUGAUAUGAGGUCACCUUUGUCCUGCCUGUAGUGGAGGGGAUAGGGGUUCAAGGCCGUCAGGCGUUGCUCUUACGUAAAAUUUUUGAGGCCAUGAACAGCCUUUGUAGCACGCCGUUGUACACCUUCAAGGAUAUCAAUAUCCUUCCGAAGUUGGCGGCUGCACCCCAUAUGACCACCAUUUAAUCCAUUGCACGCGUGUGCGUCUGUACGAGCCGUGCUACAAGAAUACCCAAAUCGCCCGAAAAUAUUUAAAUAAUUCCCCGAAGUUGACUGUAUCUGGGAUGCUCUUCGUUUCGCGGAAUCCAACUCCACUGGCACACAUUCUGAGGAGUUGGACUUCAUGCACCACUGUUUCUGCUAACAAUGUUACCUGUCCCUUCACUGAGUGGUUGCGUCAUUUUUGUCCUCGUUUGCGCUCCCUCUGAGCUUCAGCCCAUCCACCAAACACGCCACUCCUGACUUAACCAUAUCUACCAAGUGAUUUCCACAUAGUGUAAACCAUUCAAGGACUGAUGCUUGAUGAAACGCCACUCUUUACACAGAGGCCUCUCCCCAACUCUUUCGGGCCUAAACGCUGAUGUGGGGCGUAGUCAGACUUUGCCUGAAUCAAAUUUCCAUUUCAGUUGAAAUAUUUGUGAGGCAGAGUUAGUUUUUAUGAAGAUCGUGCUCUAGAGAGUCCCUCAUCAUCUAGCAGGGAAUGCAUAUUAAUCCGACGGAUCGGUAGGUGUAUGCUUGUCCCUCUGAACUGUCAGCCACGACUCCUCGCCCGCCCACUCGACUCAAGUGACAAGACAAUUUCAAGACGACCAGAUGUGGACGCUGGCACAGUGGAGGACAAAGCUAAACAGGCCACCUAUGCGUACCACACGUGACCUGGUCCUUGCGCAAUAUGCCGGGUUUUCACAGCGGGCGGCUCAAAUCUCGCAUGCGUGAGAAUGUCUUAGAGGCCACUUUAACAAGGAGCCAUUGAGCCCGACUGACCUUUGUCGUUUAGGACUGACGUUCAUCGGUUUGUUGCGCCUUCAGGACGGGAAGGAUUUUAUUUUAGGUCACUGUCUUUCGAAUGAAUAGCCGUUAUUCGGUUUCAGGUUGUUCCUCAAAGGCGUAUUGUCGAAGUUACAGACCAAUGGGGUGACGCGUUUUAAUGCGACGUAAAGUGUUACUAAAAUACCGGUAGUAGCGUGUUAUCAUUGUAAUCAAAAAGACGACUUCAAGACAACUGCAGGUGGGCUCGGACACAAAGCGCGUAAUGUGUCCUGAGGCUGGCUUGCCAGUGUCUGCCUCAUUCACUUCCCGCUUCCGACUGUCCGAGCCUGUAGUGAUAUUGGGUGCAGUGGUUGGCGUGGGGUGGCAGCCUUCGUCGAAGCUGUGCCACAAAGAUUUGCUAACAAAUACUCAGACGCUUUCUCUGUAAAUCCUCCAGUUAUCUGUCACGGGGAGCAAAACGUAGUGUCCCGAUCGUCCGUAUAGUGGUUGACUAAUACCUGCCAGGCAGACACGAAGUAGCUCUUUGUGAAUUCUUCGAAGGGUUGACAUCCAACUUUUUCCCACUGGGAGUUUAAAAGCGUCCACCAAAGUAAGGUAUUCUGUCUCGGCACCUCAACGCUUGAAUCUAUCACGACGGGCUUAUAGUCAGGGCUGGGUUACUCAGUCAGCGUGGGCAGUCCUGUAUGUGUAUGGGAUGACUGACCGGCAGGCUGAGAGUCAGUCGUAAUGUGUCCUUUAAGACUUUCCCAUUCGAAUGGGGUCCGAGCCGCACCCCCUUCUUUUUAUGAAAACCUGGUGCACUUUGUGGAGACCAAGUCGUGUGCGUGGCACGCGUAGACAGGCUGCUUAACUUUGUCAGCCACUGUCCCGCGCCCAUGUCCGUCCGUUUCAUUGUCAAAAUGUAAUGCUGUGAUCGCGGUAGACGAUCGAUCAUGUUCUUUUCACGCCCAUUACACCUUGUCCCUUAAAGCCAAAUGCCCAUCUCACCCGCGUCAGGGGGAAAGUUAAUCUUACCACUUUACCUCUAAUUCGCCCUUCUGUAUUCGAGUUCACGGAGGUCUGUGGGCGGCCAAACAUGGAACAUGCGUUGACAGUCUAAGUGCAUCGACCAGAACACUCAGCGAUGAACGACCUUCUGAUAACUACUAAAAUGAAAGAACUACUGAAAGUAAUACUGAGUUGACCAGAAAUGACAGCCUUUUUGGGGAAGGUGGAGAUACCGGAUACGAGAAGUUUCGUGUCAAGGAAAUAUUCGCCUCAAUUUGCGUGCAAACUUUGUUUUUUAGAGGCGCAGAAUAUACGUUCACGUAAACAACUGAGUAAACAAAGGAGCAUAAACAUGACACUAUUUUAAAAACACUUUCGCAUAACCCUCGGAUUAGACAUCCUCCAAGAGUGUGUGUUGCUUACGUAAAGUAGUCAGUCAGUCGCGCGAUGUCUAGUCAGUUGUGUCAAAAUGUUAUGCAGGAGUUUGCUUGAAAGUCAUCGUUCAUGCAUUGCUCGAAGUGCGAUUGACCCGACAAGGGUGGUUUCGUGGGAUUUUCUGGGUGGGGACAUCGUAGGAGUGGAUGUUUUCCUCGGGUCACGUGUCGAGAGGCUGAUCAUUGACUAAAAAGAGAUCUAUAAUUAGCAGAUGUGGUCAUAAGCAUGCCACAGCGUGGGUAUCAGAAUGAUUUUUCUUCCCUAAAAGUAUUGUGUGACAGCCUACGGCAGUCAAGUCUGCAGAGUUUUCGAUGAUGUCCAUGAACACUCUUCAGUUUCAGUGUUUCAGUCAAUUUUUCAGCAUAAUAGGUUCUAUACUUUGUCUUCUGCAAAACUCUCAAAAUAAGACUGUUUUUGAAAGCUUUCUUCGAGGUAUUGAGUUCACGGACUUCUGGGUCGUAUUUGUAAACUCACCCAAACAUGAGAGCUAAUCGCACAAGAAAGUAGGCUUCCGCAACGAAGGUCUGCGUUGUAUAUGAUCUUGGUCAAAUAAACAGCCUUCCCUGAUGAGUCACCUCUUUAAAAAGUGCAUUGCCAGGGUUUUCCGCGGAUACGUUCCCACGCCCUCCACCUUUUUCCAAAGAAAAUAUUGAAACGUUCCUCCUGCCAAUGCUCUUCCCUGACAAAUGUUCACAAUUCUUCUGUCGUGGGCGAGGGAAUUCCCCUUCCUCGUAUGUUGGAACCGUGUUAGUUUUUUUGCAACCAACUGACGUGGCGUUCCCUCCCCGUUUUUAAAUUGUUUACUAACUGAAAGUAAACCUUACAGAAGGCACCUUACUAAUCGGCCGAGACGUUAUUUGCCUUUUUUCGAUUGAUUCUGCAUUAUUCGCGUGUGUCUAUAAAUUGUGCGUGGUAAAUACCCUUCGGUUUCAGUAUUCUCAAUCGACUUCCCAAAGUAGAAGGUUUAUAUUCUGUGUUCCACAAAACCUCCAAAAUAAGACUGUUUUGAAGGCUUUCCUCGAAGUAGUGAGUUGACGGGUGUUUGGGUCAUAUUUGUAAACUCAUAAAAACAUGAUAGCAAAUCACCCAGGAAAUUAAACGUCUAUAGCGAAGACCUGCGGUGUAUGCGGUAUUCUGCGGAUACUUGCUCGCCCCCCCUCCCCCACCUCUUUCCAGAGAAAAUAUUACAACAUUCUUCCCGUCCGUGCUCAAUUUCUCUGCCGCAGACGAAAGAAUUCCCUUCUAUCCUUAUGUCGGAACUGUCUUAGUUUUAUGAUUAUUUAUGCACUACUAUAUUUAGCUGUUUCACAACCGGCCGGCACGUUACCCCUCCCGUUUCUGAAAGCAAACCACACAGAAAGCAUCUUACUAAUCAGCUGAGACAUGAUCUGUCGCUUCGUGAUUACUUCUACAAUACUCGUUUAGAAAUUGUGAGUGGGUUAAAACAGUAUACUGUAUUGGGGUGUUAUUACUGCUUUUUGGGGCACUGAAUUGCAUAGAUUUGCAGAUCAAAGUUUUUGAAGAUGAAUUGGAACUUUGUCUUUCCGUAAAUAACGAAGUUAUUCACAUCUGACCUCGCCUUAUUUACGCGAGAUGGGAAUUAAAGUUAAAAAUCGGCAGUGCUGUUUUGUAAACCAUUUUAUGCAUAUUGAUGUCUUCUAUAAGAACGACCGUAAACACGCAGAUGCGGUCUACAAUAAUCAUUUAUGCAGCGAAUUGCCUGGUCUCCGUCCAAAAUUUACACAUUUUCGUUGAUAAAGACUUAAAAUUAUAUUCUACGUAAAAAAGUUUUUGCGAAACAUUAAGCUGAUCAGUACAAUCUACAACGUCUGAAGCACUCUUUGAACUAAACAUUCAGAUUUCGGUCAUCACGUCUCGUUUGUUCGGUGAACCACAAUAUUUCGCGUUACAACAUUCGCAUGCCAUGUCGUGUGCGCUUAUCCCUCUUUAUCAUUUGUCCUGCAGGCAAAUAUCUGCUUUGCCAGUCCCUGGAUAAUCAGAUUGUCAUCUUCAACGUCUUCGCGGGCUUCAAGAGGAUGCGCAAGAAGCUUUUCCGCGGUCAUACCGUCUCCGGCUACGCCUGCCAGACAGACAUGUCGCCGGACCUACGCUAUGUUGUCUCUGGUGACGGCGACGGUUUCAUCUACCUCUGGGAGUGGAAAACUACCCGUCUCCUGACCAAGUGGAAGGCCCACGACAGUGUGUGCAUUGAUCUAGCCUGGCUGCCCCAUGAGACCUCCAAGGUGGUCAGCGCUGGCUGGGACGGUUCCAUCAAGUUGUGGGACUGA